GGGUAUAAUCUACCAAACUGUCAAAAUUUCAGCUGAUGUUCGUUCCAAAAUAAUUUAUAAUCACACUAUAUUUUCCUCAAUUUGCCAGUAGUAAACUCGUUGAUGAUGACUUCUUUACUGAUGAGAUGUAUGGGAGCAGCUCGGUGCCCAACACUGAAGCUGCCAAUUGCUUCCUUUGGAACAAGCUCCCCACACUUUGCUGUUAAUGAACCGACUCUGAUCCGUAAAGAUUUGGCUUUAUUGAAGCAAGAAGAAGUUGAGAAAAAACAGAAAUUGGCAGGUUAUAUAACAAUAAAGGGACAGGAAAAUAUUUCUGUAGUUACUGGAGUUCCUGAGGAACAUAUUAAAACUAGAACUGUUCGUAUUUAUGAACCAGUCAAGAAUUGCAUGCAGAGUGGAACAGAUAACAUUGGCCAUUGGGAGAUGGAGUUUGAUAACAGGGAGAGAUGGGAAAACCCAUUGAUGGGCUGGUGUUCAAGUGGAGAUCCUUUAUCUAAUAUGAAACUCCAGUUUAAUGAUAAAGAGGAAGCAAUUGCUCAUUGUGAGAAAAAUGGCUGGAAUUAUUUCAUUGAUGCAACUACACAAAAACCACCUAGAGCAAAAUCAUAUGCUAACAAUUUCCACUGGAGCAGGCGUUCCCGUACGUCCACCAAGUAAAGAAAUCUAUACUAGCCACAAAAAUUUAAGAAAAUAGCGUUUCUAGGACUAUUACAACCAAAAACACCAGUUAAACUUCGAAACAGGUUUAUUUUAUAACAGGAUCAUAUCUGCGCUAAGAAAGUCCGAACGCGAAGUUAAAACGCAAAUAAACGAGUUCAAAUUGCAAUAAACAGCGAUGGAGGAGAGUCUAGGUAAGGUUAGAUAAUGAAAACAAAUUGCAGUACCAAUGGCUUCAUGCUAGACACACGAUCUUACCUGUUUCACCUGAAACUUUUUAAUGUGGAAACAAUAAAAACAUAAAUAAAUAUUUUCUCAUUAAUAAACUUUGUUUAAAACAUA